GCAAACUCUACAGCCCUGUGUCAUUUUUUCUACGGUCGACUAUCAGAUGCGUCUCCCCUCUCCGAUUAUUCUCUAACGCGCCAGUUGCCAUCCACCAUGCAUUCACCAUGCAUUCGACGGCAGUCUCGUCUCUGCAGGUCGCGAGAUAGUCGAGCAGCGUGAGUCGAGCUCUUCACGUCUUUGAAACUUUCAUCCGAGAUCCGAGCCCCGCGAUUCAUCCUCAGUCUAAGGCGACAGUUUGUCGGCGCUGGUAAUUCACCCUGUGCUCGAUUAGCUCCGUUAUACAUCGUUAAUUGUUCGACGUGCCGACAUUAUAAGUAUAGUGCGGUUGCGGUUGUGAAGGAAGAGUUUAAAUUUAAUCGGAGUCUACGGCGAAUAUUGAAUUUCGAAAUUUUGGUCACAAACAUAAUUUAAAGUCUUCAAGGAAAGAACAUUUACUAUAGAUCGAAGAAAAAUGGCAGCCUGCGUCGCCAACAUUUAAAAUGCUAUCAACCACUUGGAACAAUGUGCUACGUAAUAGUAACUGGUCGCAGUCUCUUUUGGACAUUAAUGUCCUUGAGUGCUGUGUUGGCUAUGUGGUCCGCAUUGAUGACUCCAAGAUGGCUGGUAGGGCCCCCGACUAGUAAAGAUAUUGGUAUCAAACUUGAUGGCAAACCAAAUUGUGGAGAUUCUAAUUUUGAUGGUCUUGCAACACUUUCCUCGACAUCUCCUGACUGUUGGAAAGCCGCAUUUUUCUUCCUGGCACUUGGAUUGGCUAUAAUGACAGCCACGGUAGUGGCUGCACUGAUGGGAUGCUGUGUUCAGAGUAUUGGCAAGAAGAGCAUCUUCGACUUAGCUGGUGUUGCACAAUCGAUUGCGGGUAUCAUGUAUCUCUUUGGCAUGAUUUUGUACGUUGCGGGUUGGGGCUCAAGCAGAGUUCAGAGGCUUUGCGGUGAUGAAGCAGUGGCUUUUUACCUGGGAAACUGCAGUCUUGGCUGGGCAUCCUACUUGGCUGUGCUAGGAGUGCUCCUGACCUUCGCGUCUGCUGUUUUCAGUAGCCAGGCUGAAAAAUCAACGGCCAGUGAUAAAGUACAGGACCAGAUAAAUGAAGGGAAGACCCUUAUUUGCCUAGCCUAGUUUGUAAGAUAAGAGUCCAAGACUAACCGAAGCGAUCGACUUGAGACUUCAUUUUGAACAUAUUAUCAGAAAUCAUUAUAAACAUUAAUUAUGUAUGUAAUAUUUUG